CCGCCCCCCUCUCCGGCUCUCCCCGCCUAGCCUUUCCCCUCCCAGCCGCCUGCCUGCCAGGGGUGGUGAGCCGGCCGAGCGGCAUGGAGGCGCAGGGACUGCGAGGGGCCCUGGCUCUUCUCCUCCUUGGCACCUUGGCCUCUGCCAGUCAGAACCUGCAGGUAAUUGACCUGCUGACCGUGGGGGAGUCCCGGCAGAUGGUCGCUGUGGUCGAGAAGAUCCGGACCGCCCUGCUCACUGCCAGCGACAUCUACCUCCUGUCCACCUUCCGCUUGCCCCCAAAGCAGGGUGGUGUCCUCUUUGGCCUCUACUCCCGCCAAGAUAACACCCGCUGGUUGGAGGCCUCUGUCGUGGGCAAGAUCAACAAAGUGCUGGUGCGGUACCAACGGGAGGAUGGCAAGACGCAUGCUGUGAACCUGCAGCAAGCGGGCCUGGCCGACGGGCGCACGCACACCGCCCUCCUGCGCCUCCGAGGCCCGGCCCGACCCAGCCCGGCCCUGCAGCUCUAUGUGGACUGCAAGCUGGGUGACCAGCACUCUGGCCUGCCGGCGCUGGCCCCCAUCCCCCCAGCGGAGGUGGGAGGGCUGGAGAUGAGGACAGGCCAGAAGGCCUACCUGAGGAUGCAGGGCUUCGUGGAGUCCAUGAAGAUGAUCCUGGGUGGCUCCAUGGCCCGGGUCGGGGCCCUGAGUGAGUGUCCGUUCCAGGGAGACGAGUCCAUCCACAGUGCAGUGACCAAUGCACUGCACUCCAUCCUCGGGGAGCAGAGCAAGGCGCUGGUCACCCAGCUCACCCUCUUCAACCAGAUCCUGGGCGAGUUGCGAGACGACAUCCGAGAACAGGUGAAGGAAAUGUCCCUGAUCCGCAACACCAUCAUGGAGUGCCAGGUGUGCGGCUUCCACGAGCAGCGUUCCCACUGCAGCCCCAACCCCUGCUUCCGCGGUGUGGACUGCAUGGAGGUGUAUGAGUACCCCGGCUUCCGCUGUGGGCCCUGCCCCCCGGGCCUGCAGGGCAACGGCACCCACUGCUUGGACAUCAAUGAGUGCGCACUGGCGGACCCCUGCUUCCCAGGCUCCAGAUGCAUCAACACUGCACCUGGCUUCCACUGCGAGGCCUGUCCGCCGGGCUACAAGGGCACACGUGUGUCCGGCGUGGGCGCUGAUUACGCCCGGGCCAGCAAACAGGUCUGCAACGACAUCGAUGAGUGCAACGACGGCAACAACGGCGGCUGCGACCCCAACUCUGUCUGCACCAACACCGUGGGCUCCUUCAAAUGCGGCCCCUGUCGCUCAGGCUUCCUGGGCAACCAGAGCCAGGGCUGCUCCCCGGCCCGGACCUGCCACAGCCCCGCGCACAGCCCCUGCCAUGUGCACGCACACUGCCUCUUCGAGCGGAAUGGGGCCGUGUCCUGUGCGUGCAACGUAGGCUGGGCCGGGAACGGGAACGUGUGUGGGCCCGACACGGACAUCGACGGCUACCCCGACCAGGCGCUGCCUUGCAUGGACAACAACAAACACUGCAAACAGGACAACUGCCUGCUGACACCCAACUCUGGGCAGGAAGAUGCGGAUAACGACGGGGUGGGGGACCAGUGUGAUGACGACGCUGAUGGGGACGGAAUCAAGAAUGUGGAGGACAACUGCCGUCUGUUCCCCAACAAGGACCAGCAAAAUUCGGACACAGACUCAUUUGGAGAUGCCUGUGACAACUGUCCCAAUGUCCCCAACAAUGAUCAGAGGGACACAGAUGGCAACGGGGAAGGCGAUGCCUGUGAUAACGACGUGGAUGGGGACGGUAUCCCCAAUGGACUGGACAAUUGCCCUCGUGUCCCCAACCCCCUUCAGACAGACAGGGAUGAAGAUGGGGUAGGGGACGCAUGUGACAGCUGCCCUGAGGUGGGCAACCCAACCCAGACAGAUGCAGACAGUGACCUGGUGGGGGACGUCUGCGACACCAAUGAGGACAGCGAUGGGGACGGACACCAGGACACCAAGGACAACUGUCCCCAGGUGCCCAACAGCUCCCAGCUGGACUCAGACAAUGACGGACUUGGCGACGAGUGUGAUGGUGAUGACGACAAUGAUGGCAUUCCGGACUACGUCCCUCCUGGCCCUGAUAACUGUCGCCUGGUCCCUAAUCCCAACCAGAAGGACUCGGAUGGCAAUGGCGUUGGCGACGUGUGUGAGGAUGACUUUGACAAUGACGCGAUGGCGGACCCCCUGGACGUGUGCCCCGAGAGCGCAGAGGUCACACUUACAGAUUUCCGGGCCUAUCAGACUGUCGUCUUGGAUCCCGAGGGGGAUGCUCAGAUCGACCCCAAUUGGGUGGUGCUAAACCAGGGUAUGGAGAUUGUGCAGACCAUGAACAGUGACCCUGGCCUGGCAGUCGGCUACACGGCCUUCAACGGCGUGGACUUUGAAGGCACCUUCCAUGUGAACACGGUCACCGAUGAUGACUACGCGGGCUUUCUCUUCAGCUACCAAGACAGCGGCCGCUUCUAUGUGGUCAUGUGGAAGCAGACGGAGCAGACCUACUGGCAGGCCACUCCCUUCCGAGCCGUCGCCCAGCCCGGCCUGCAGCUCAAGGCAGUGACUUCAGUGUCCGGCCCAGGGGAGCACCUCCGGAAUGCCCUAUGGCAUACUGGCCACACCCCUGACCAGGUCCGACUGCUGUGGACUGACCCACGAAAUGUGGGCUGGCGUGACAAGACCUCCUACCGUUGGCAGCUGCUGCACCGGCCUCAAGUUGGCUACAUCCGGGUGAAGCUCUAUGAGGGUCCCCAGCUAGUGGCAGAUUCUGGGGUGAUCAUUGACACAUCCAUGAGAGGGGGGCGUCUUGGAGUAUUCUGCUUCUCUCAAGAAAACAUCAUUUGGUCCAAUCUGCAAUAUCGCUGCAAUGACACGGUGCCUGAGGACUUUGAGCCAUUCCGGAGGCAGCUGCUCCAGGGAAGAGUGUGACCAGUGGCCAGUCGCCUGUCUGAUUCAGAAUUCAGAUUUUAGACCCUUUGGCCUUUGGGUCCAUCCUGGAGAGCCCUGGAGUCUCAUCUACAGCCCCUCAGCCAAAACACAGACGACCCAGCUCUGGCACCAGCCAGUAGUUCAGCCCCCAAGGGUGGUGACCCUAAUGCACCAAUGGGAACUUUUUCAGGGGUACUUCUCAGGCACUAACCCCAGGAAGAAAAUAACAGCACAUCGUCAUAAAGUUUUCAGUGGUU